AUGAGAGCAAUCGUCCAAGUCCUCAAGAGCAAAGACAAGAAAGACUACUUGAGGCUCGGAAAUUUAGCUCUAAAAUUGAAUAAGACGUUGGCGGUUUUGGGUCCCCUACUCACUGGGAUCGCCGCAGCCACCUCGACCUAUGGUGGCUCGACAGCCACAACAGUGGCAGCCAUUGCUGGUGCCAUGGCGGCAAUCAUCAAUGGCUUCGAGCAUGGAGCACAAGUCGGCAUGGUCGUUGAGAUGUACAGAAACAACGCGGGGUUCUUCAAGCUCAUGGAAGAGACGAUCGAAGCGACGCUCGAGGAGAGAGACUACGAUAAGCGAGAGAAGGCAGAGAUGUUCGAGUUGAAGGUGGCGAUGAAGCUGGGGCGGAGCUUGUCGCAGCUUCGAGACCUGGCAAGAAAAUCAAUGGCUUCUUGUCUACAAGGAACUGAGGUGGACGAGUUCGGAAGCAAGCUUUUCUGA